AUGAAAUACCUUCGAUGGCUUACCCUAGAGCGCCGACAGAAACGACUAACAUAUGAAAAAGUACCGACUGACGUGAUUAUGCCCGUUCAUUACUUUGACGACACACCGCUUUUGCGAAAUAUCGUACAGUACUUGAGCCUUCGGUUCAAUGAUAUGCUCGACCCCGAAAUGUUGCGGGCCUCUUUAUCACAGCUUAUCGAGCGAGAGGGAUGGCGUAAGCUCGGAGGACGCAUUCGUAUAAAUGCAAAGCAAGAGUUGGAGAUUCACGUUCCUCAAGUCUUUACUUCGGACCGACCCGCAGUCAAUUUUCAUCAUGAGGAGUUCCAUGUCAGCAUCAACGAACACCCACUAGCCUCAAGACUACCUGCACCCACCUCCAACACUCCGUCAGUGCACAAUGGCCCUUCGGCGUUUAGAAAACUAGCUGUGACACCAAGUACACCAGUCUGUCUGGAUGACUAUCUUGCUUCUGAUCUCCCACAAUUGACUCUGAAUGUUGUGUCCUUUACUGACGCGACGCUUGUAUCACUUUGUUGGCCUCAUAUUGCCGCAGACGCGAUGAGUUUGCGUCACAUGGCCAUAGCGUGGAGUCUGGUACUUGCUGGGAGAGAGUCAGAAAUCCCGCCGAUGCUGUCUUCUCACGAUGACCCGAUGAUGACUGCUGGCACAAACCUUUCUUUCCUAGGGGCUCAUAUUCUUGAAGAACAACAAAUCAAGGGAUGGCGGUUUUUUCUCUGGGGCCUUCGCUUUGUUUUGGAUUUGCUCUGGUGGCGGAAAAUGGAAACGCGAACCGUCUUUCUGCCGCGGAAGGUUGUGGACCAACUGCGAAGCAGUGCAUUAGCUUCGCUCGCGGGAAAUACCGCGAACGAUGUUGCCACUGAAGGGCAAGCGGUUUUUAUAAGCCAAGGCGAUGUGGUGAUGGCCUGGAUGUCAUUGAUGGCAGCCUCAGCCCUUAUGUCCCCAAAAUCCUCACGGGCAGUUUGCAUAAGUAGUGCGUGCGAUCUCCGAUCGCGCUUACCAUCUAUAUUUCCAGCCAAAGAGAAACAAGGUGUGUAUGUGCAGAACGCCGUCUUUCCGUGCUGGACAAAUGUCAUGGCUCGUGAAAUCAUCGGAAAGACGGAUGGUCUCGGAGUUGCAGCUCUUCGAAUCCGUCGUAGUAUCCAGACACAGACCACCGAGGCCCAAAUACAUGCUUUGGCACGGCUUACUCGAUUGUCACUGGACCAAACAGGAUUGCCGCCAAUGUUUGGCGAUACAAGCUCGUUCUUGAUCACGGCAUCGAACUGGUCAAAAGCUUGCCUUUUUGACAUGGUUAAUUUUGGCCCUGCAGUUAAGCUUACAAAAAGAGCUUCAAGGAGCCAGGGAUCCGCUAUGAUUAAGAACAGGAAGGUUUACUACCAUGUGGACAAUGUGAGCCCGAACAACAUGUUGGCACGAAAUGCAUUCUUCCUCACGGGUACGCCGAACGGCGACUAUUGGAUCAAUGGAUGCUUUCCGAUUGCCGUUUGGAAGGCGGUAGAGGGGGUACUCAAUGACAACUGUGUCCUAUACUAG